AUGUUAACAGGUUAAAAUUCAAUUUAUAGUGAUUGUGGUUCAGUCCGACUUUUUGGUGGAUAUGGCGCCUUUGCUGAACAAACUUCAGCUACAAAGUUAUUUUAGUUACCACCUCAUCAUACAGUAUUGAUUACAUUAGAAUUUUGGAAGUAAGAGUAUAUUUAAGCACUUUUAGAAUAGAUUCCUGGGAUAAUUAAAUUUUUUUCAUUUAUUUAGAUGAAAUUUUAGGUUUCUAGAAUAAUUAUGGAUUAGAUGGUACUUAAUUAUGCGGACAGUCAUCAUAUGGGGAAAUUAUUGAACAGAUUAGCAUUACAAAACCCCAUAACUAUUAAUCUCUCUUUAUUUUAAUGACAUCAGAUUUAGAUUAGGGCUCUACUAAUGUACUCUAAUUAGAUACUAUAAAUAUAGGAAUCAUGGGGAAUCAGGAAUUUUAAAUUAUAUAUUUAUCCAUGCCCUUCUGGAUGCUAAACCUGUGUAUCAACCGACUCCAGAGAAGAUUGUAUAUAUUGGAAGAUUAUUGAAAAUAGUCUAGUCAGUGUAGACUUUAAUAGCUUUAAUGUUGAUGGAUGGACCAUAGAAAGAGGAUGUAAAUUUACUAGUUAAUGUUUAUGUAAUUACAUUAAAUCAAACUAAAGCUAUUCCGUUACUUGGAGGUUAUGAUUGCACUGGGAGAACUAGUUAAUUGUUCAAAAAAAUUAAUUUAUCAGCUCAUAGUCAAGUUAAAAUUAAAUUUAGAUUUAUGUUUUUAGAUAGAUGGAAUUCUAAAUCUGCAUACUUAUAUGUAGAUAAUAAUUUGAAGUGGACAAAAACCUUGACUUUGAACGUAAGAGUAAUAUAGAAUUUAUGCGGUCUCAGUUAUGAUGAUAUACCAUAACAUGAUCAAUUUACAAUGGCUCAUUCAGGAUCAUCAAUAACAUUAUUGUUUACUUCUAAUUUAAAUUAAGAUAUGUAAAAUGAAUCUUUUGGAAUAAGAGACAUAUAAAUAUUUAUUGGUAAAUUAAUUUUUUCAUUUUCUUAGAUUGUCUAUUUGGUUCCUCUUUUAAUUAGGCUUGUGGAUCAAUUUGUGGAAAUGGAGUUUUAGAAUAGUAUGAAGAAUGUGAUGACGGUAAUAUAUAUUCUUUUGAUGGAUGCUUUAAUUGUUAAUAUUCUUGUUUAGAAGGAUGUUCAAAUUGUAUUAAUGGAAUUUGUUUUGAAUGUGAUAUUGGAUGGUUUUUUGAUUCUAAUUUUAACACAUGUACUGCCAUUUUUGAUGACUAGAAAUAUUCAAUAUGGGAAGAAUGUGAUGAUCUUUUACAAUUUGAAAUUUGCAAAAACGGAAAAUUUAUGGCCCCAUCAAAUUGCUUAUCCUAUUAAUUUGGUAUUUGUGAUAAAUGUAAAUUAAAUUAUGAAUUAAUAAAUAACAAAUGCGAAUCUGUAUGUUAAAAUUAAUUAAUUGUUAAUGAUAUAUAAUGUGUAGAUAAUAAUUUAUAUGCAUUUGAUAGAUGUCAUUAAUGUACUUAUGAUUUAGAAGAAGGCUGUAAAUUUUAAUAAAAUGGAAUUUGUAUUUAAUGUUUAAAUGGAUGGAAACUAGAUUAACCUAUUAAUAUUUGCACUCCUAUUUGUGGAGAUCUUAUUGUUUUAGGAUAUGAAGAAUGUGAUAUUAGUAGAGAUACAAAAAAAUCAUUUGAAUGUAAUUAAUGCGUUUAUAAUUGUUAAAAUGAAUGUACAGAUUGCUAAUAUGGCAUUUGUUAUGAUUGCAUUUAAGGAUGGAAAUUAAAGAAUUAAUAAUGCGAAUCUGACUGUGGAGAUAAUCAAAUUAAAGGUAUAGAAGAAUGUGACGAUAUGAAUUCAAUUAGAUUUGAUGGAUGUAAUAAAUGCAGAAAUGAUUGUUAAUUGGAAUGUUCUUAUUGUUAAAGGGGAACAUGUUUGAAUUGUAUUUAUGGUUGGUAUUUGAAUGAUUAUUUUUUAUGUGAAUUUGAAUGUGGAGAUUCUUAAAUUGCUUUAUUAUCAUAUGAAGAAUGUGAAGAUUCUAAUAAUUUAUAAUAUGAUGGAUGCUAUGAAUGUAAAUAAGAAUGUUGUCGUUAUUGUACUGCUUGUAUUUAUGGAAUUUGUUAUAAUUGUUAAUUUACAUUUACAUUGAUUGAUUAACUUUGUCUUCCUGUAUGUGGAGAUGGCUUAAUCACUAUUGGAUAUGAAAAAUGUGAUGAUAUGAAUGAAAUACCUUAUGAUGGUUGUUAUAAUUGCAAUUAUCAAUGUCGAUAAUUCUGUAAAUUAUGUAUUAAAGGAGUUUGCUACGAUUUGUGUGAAGAAGGAUAUUAUGAAGUUAAUAAUAUAUGUUAUCCAAUUUGUGGAGAUGGAAUUUUAGUUGAUGAAGAAGAAUGUGAUGAUUAAAAUGAUGAUAAAAGUGAUGGAUGUUUUAAUUGUUAUUUUUAUUGUCCAGAUCAUUGUGAAAUAUGUGUUGAAGGAAGAUGUAAAGUAUGCGAAUAAGGAUAUGAAUUAAUACCUAAUCAAAAUCAAUGUUAGACAUUCUGUGGUAAUGGUUUAGUUUCAAUGGAUGAAGAAUGUGAUGAUAUGAAUAAAUAAGAUGGGGAUGGUUGUUCUUAACAAUGCACAAUAGAGAUUAAUUAUAUUUGUAAGAACUACUUAUAUUCAUUUACUUAAUGUACAUAUGAGAAAUAUCCUAAAUUUUAAGCCUCAUUAAUAAGAUAAGAUUAUUAGAUUUAAUAUGUAUCCUUACAUUUUGACUAAUAAGUAAAAAAUAUAAAAAAUAAUGUAUUUUCAGAGUUCAUUCAAUUUAACUUAAUAGGAGUUGAUUAUGAAUUUUAUAAUAUCACAUUGAUUAUAGUUUAAGAGGCUUUAUAAUAUUGCACUUAUGUUGAAUAUAUAGUUGAAAUUUCAAUCAAUACAACAUUAUCAUCUCCUCCUAUUAUUGAAAUAAUAUUAAAUGAAUAAUUGUACAAUGAAAAUGAAGCACCUUUAAUAAAUCAGUAUUAAAGAGUAAAAUUAAACCUUCCUAAAUACAUAGAUGAUAAGAAAAAAUAAUCUUCUCAUAUCAUAAAAAAUAUAGGAACAAAUAUUAUGAAAUCUAUUGGUGGUAUGGGUAUUUUUUUGCUGCUUCUUGGCAACUCAUUUAGAGGAAUUAUUGAAAUACUCUAAUAAUAAUCUUAUCUGAAAUUUAUUAAUGUUGUGUUUCCACUAAAUUUAUUCAUAUAUUUUGAAUCAAGUAAUAUUAUAACAAUGUAGCCUUUGUUAGAUUUCUUUCAUUUUAAUUUAUUAUAAUUGGAAUUUGUGCAAACUUAGUUUGUAGAAUCAAAAGAAAAAUUUUAAUUUUAUUAAAUUAAUGCUGACAUACUGAAUAAUAUUUAAGCUUAAAUAUUCUUAAUUCUAACACUCUUAUUAAUGUAUAUAGGCUGUAUAUUUGUUAUUCAAGUAUUCAUUUCUAUGAAAAAUUUGCAUUAUUUUUAUUUUGGAUUAACAGUUGCUUAAUUUUUCGUGAAAAUAUAAAAUGGUUGUUUUUAGUUAAAAAGAGAAUGUUAAAAAGAAGGAUUGAGAUAAUUUCUUAUAGCAAAUUGUUGGGAUUUGCUGUUUAUGUCAUUUUUAUAAAUUAGUUCCUAAUCAUUUACAACAACUAGACCAAUGGUAUCAAUUAUUGUAGGAUAUUUUAUCUUAUAUACUUUUGCAAUUUUAAUAUCAAACUAUUUCUUUAAAGAGACUAAAUAUACUUCAAUAUCUCGAAAUAAGAUUAAAAAGUUCGAUUUACUUUUAAUCUUAAAAAAAUUCUUAUUUGUAGGAAUAUUAGUUUUGUUCCAAAGAAAUUAAGAAAUUUAAUCAAUACUAUUAGCACUUGUUUGCAAUUUUAGUUUAAUACUUAUAAUUUUAUUUAGAACACGUGAGAAUAAAUUUGAUUAUUUCAAUCAAAUAAUAAUGGAGGCUAGUCUUUUUAUAUUUUGUUCGACUGUUGCAUUUUAUUGGGAUUUAAUGCAAACCUAUAUUGUUUAUGAUAGUUAAAUCCUUUUUGGCUGGCUUCAUAUAUCUAUAUUACUCUCGGUUUUAGUGAUCAACUUAGGGCAAUAAUUAUAUACUAUCUUAGUUAAAUUAAAAAAAGUGUUAAUUAAAAAAUUUUAAAAUAUUCUUAAUCAAGGUUAAAAUAAGUAGAUGGAUCCAUACCCAUUAAUUCCAAUUAAAAAUAUUAUGGAAUUGAAACUCUGA